AAUGUGAGGCUGAGCUGUGCUACGAAAGGGAGCGAUGCAUUCCAUCGGCCCUUUUGUAAAACCCCGCAUUUUCCGAGGCGAGUGAGGCGAGUGAGCCACGAGAUUAAUGAUCAAAUCGGUGCCAAAAUCCGAGUAUGCAUGUUUUCGGGGCCUGGACUAACUAGUCGAUCAUGACGGUGACUGGCCUGAAGAAGACGCGUGAUUUCAAUAGGGACUUGUUAGUCUGCGGCUGAGAAACAUGGCGUGUAGUACAAUGAUUUAUAUAACUCGGCUUCAGCUGCUUCUUGGUUUUUAUUUGCAAAGCAGAAUUUAUCACGAGUCAACGCCGGUUUGAUCAUUUUACUCAACUACACAUUACAAACUACAACAACAAUUUACAACCACAGCUAGUUCAAAACAACUCGCUCACCGAGACGAAUUCGCAAUGGGCAACUCCAACUCAAGCCCCGACUCGACAGACAACGCCGAGGGCAAGAAAAGCCUCUACCGGCGCUACGAAGACAAGAAGCGCGGCCCCGGCGCCACCGACGAAGACAUCCUCAAGUACACCGGCAAGACGCGCGACCAGCUCAACGCGUGGGCCGAGACGGCGCCCGGCGUGGCGGGGAAUCAACCCGCCGGCAAGCUCGCCAUUGGAGCGGCAUCGGGAUUUGCUGGCGAGGGCGCUGCUGGCGGCCUGGGAGGCUGGGGAGUUGAGGGGACGAGGAAGAUGAAGUUUCCGCCGCAGCAGAAGCCUGUCAAGACGGUUGAGGAUUCGGAAGAGGAGGAUUAGAGUGUGAUACCUAUUGAGCGUUUGGGCUGAAUGUUAGCCAUGGAUUGUUUACUUGUUUUGUUCUGCGUACACUGAGAGUCUACUUGUCUAGGUACGAAGAGCUGGAGACAAUAGAGAGAGAGCCGGCAAAGACUUGAUAUUUAUUACAAAAGACAUUCAACGUCAUUUGCCAUCUA